AUGGCGCCCGGCGCCCGUCGCGCGGCGCCGGUAGGAGCAGCCGACUCAGCCCUGCUGCAGGAUUCUUCGCGACACCCGGUUGAUUCGGUCGGCUCGAGAGAAACGGGACGCGGUUGCAGUGCAAGACGACAGCAAUCGGCAGAGCAAGAAGACGGGAGCAGCAAUGGUACGCACAAAACUGGCGCUGGAGCUGGGAGGGCUGAAGGGCGAUCCUCAUCGUCACACAGCGCCGACGCGCAGCAGGCGACUCCCGCACAGCAUCCAGUGCCUGGCGGCGGUGGUGGUGACAGGCCCGUGUCGAGGACUCCGAUGGAGCGCUCUGAGUGUGGACGCGCAGAUCUGGGAGUGUCCCGUCUGACGCUCGCGCCAGUCAGCGCCAGUCCGCGCAUGCCGGGCGCUGAGUCUGAGCGGUCAUGUCCACUCGCGCGACGCUGCUGGGCUGAGCCUCGCUCGCCGUCCAAAGGAUCAAAGGGCAGGCCCAAGUACGACAGCAUGGCGUCGGGCUCGGUCGUUCCAAGAUGGGACGACGUGCGCCUGCCUUGGCCGAUGGCUAAAUCAUCGCAUGACAACCGUGACCGCGCCUCGCUUCAGCUAGACCAUCCGCUUGGCCAUCCUCCUCGAGACUACUGCAAUCCCAUCAACUUCGGCGUCUCGGGCCGAUUCUGGAGCGGUAUCUUGCGGAACUCGAGGCUCAGGGCUGCGGGAUCAGAGCGGUCAUUUGGACCGGAAGAGGAGAGCGGCGUGCGGAUUGGGCGAGAAGGGACUCGCAGGAGCUCUGUCGGAUCUCGGUCGAUCCCUUGGUUCCUUCUGAGCGAGGCAGAUGGAUCGGAGGCAGUGCUGCUGCUGCGCCGCCGUUGCCGCUUCCGUGCGUUUCCGGGGAGCUCAAAGGGAGCUGAAAUGAAGGCGAGCGACUCGCAGCUUGCGCGCGCGGAUGGCAGCGUGACCGAGGCCGAGAUGCGCAGAGUGAGUCAGCGAGCCGGCUCAGCCGAUAUGGCGCGACUUGGAUUCGGACUGGGCCUUCACAGCUUGCUCGGGUUUGGAGACAGCGUCCUGGUGAAGCUGGUGGUGGAGGCUAGUGCUGCUGAUGCUUGUUGCGACGAGCGAAGCGUGCGGCGCGUGCAGGGAUAA